UCGCAAAGCCGCCAAGUUCCCCGUGAAAAGACUCUGCCCGCCUGCCCCUUGCAGAAAAUGCCGCCAGACUUCGCCGGCGGCGCCUGAAAAGAAGCCGCGCACGUUGUCUCUGAGGGACUCCGUUUGAGCUCGUUCUUUUUGGGCGAAAGUCUGGAACUUUGUUUGCGGCGAGAAGCCACGCGCUCGGCGUCUCGAGGCAGCGAGGCACCAUUUUCUGUCAAGGUGUGUAUGUACGGCGCCCCGUCUCUUUUUUUCCCGCUAGGUUUCAGCUACUCUUUUCCAUAGUCACGGCGGCGCAGCUUGCCCGGCAUUUAAAAACCAGGAAACGCGUCCCUCUGUCAGUCUUCCGUCACGGAAUCUCUCGGCUUCUCUUCUCGUCGACUCUCGACACUCUGUGUUUGGCUGCCUCCUUUCGCGUGGCAUCGCAAACUCUGCGCUUUCUCCGCCGCCAAGUUCCCCCUCCCUUUUUCCAACACCCCUGGCUAGUCCCCACUUCCUGAUCUCGACUCCCCUACGCGUUCCGCCACGUUCUGCUGUUACCUGCCUCCUUCGCGGUUUCCCCGGCUGGCUCAGACUUGUUCGUCCUCUGCUCGGCACGAUGAAGGCAGCGGUUUUUCGGAACCUGGCGGUUGCGUGGCGACCGGCGGGAAGUUCGCCUCUUCUGUCGCAGAAAAACCAAGGCCUUUCUUUCUCGCUGCUGCCUUCCGCGGUGCAGCGCAGAGGUUUCGCGAGUGCAGGAGGCAAGUAUGACGUUGUUGUCGUCGGCGGCGGCCCCGGCGGCUACGUGGCGGCCAUCAAGGCGGCGCAGCUGGGCCUCAAAACUGCAUGCGUCGAAAAACGCGGAACUCUCGGCGGAACCUGUCUGAACGUCGGAUGCAUCCCCUCGAAGGCAGUCCUCAACAUCAGCAACAAAUAUGUCGAUGCUCGCGACCAUUUCGAGAGGCUCGGAAUCAAAAUCGACGGCUUGAGCAUCGACAUCGACAAGAUGCAGAAGCAGAAGCAAAAGGUUGUCUCCACUCUCACGCAAGGCAUUGAACAUCUCUUCCGAAGAAACGGUGUCGACUACUACGUGGGAGAAGGGAAACUCACAGACAGCAAUUCCGUCGAGGUCACUCCUAACGGGAAGUCUGAGAAGCAGAGACUCGACGCGGGUCACAUCAUCCUCGCCACCGGGUCGGAGGCGUCGCCUCUCCCCGGAAAUGUCGUCCCGAUCGACGAAAAAGUUAUCAUCAGUUCUACAGGAGCACUGGCGCUCGACAAGGUGCCGAAGCGCAUGGCUGUGAUUGGCGGCGGCGUCAUCGGCCUUGAACUGGGUUCUGUCUGGAGGAACCUCGGCGCGGAAGUGACUGUCGUCGAAUUCCUUGACCGCCUCCUUCCUCCCGUUGACGGAGAAGUGGCAAAGGCGUUCCAGAAGGAGAUGGAGAAAACGGGAAUUAAAUUUCAACUGGGAACAAAAGUCGUUGGUGCCGAUGUCCGCGAGUCUUCCGCGACUCUGCAUGUUGAGCCAGCAAAGGGUGGCAACCCCUUCGAGAUGGAGGCAGACGUCGUUCUCGUCGCUGUCGGGCGCCGUCCAUACACCAAGAAUCUCGGCCUGGAGGAACUCGGCAUCGAGACCGAUCGCGUGGGCCGCGUUGUCGUCGAUGACCGAUUCUGCGUGCCGAACUACCCAAACAUUCGAGCGAUUGGGGAUCUCAUCAGAGGCCCCAUGCUUGCGCACAAGGCCGAAGAGGAGGGGAUUGCAUGCGUCGAAAUGAUUGCUGGAGUCGGCGAGGGCCAUGUGAACUACGAAACGAUUCCCUCCGUCAUCUACACGCACCCUGAGAUUGCCGGCGUCGGGAAAACUGAGGAAGAACUCAAGGCGAACGGCGUGAGUUACAACAAAGGAACAUUCCCCUUUGCGGCGAACAGCCGGGCGCGCGCAAACGAUGUCGCGACAGGCUUCGUCAAGGUCUUGGCCCACAAGGACUCGGACAAACUCCUUGGCGCGUGGAUCAUGGGUCCGGAGGCAGGCGAGUUGAUCGGCCAGUUGGUCUUGGGCAUGGAGUAUGGAGCAGCUGCAGAGGACCUGGGACGCACCUGCGUCUCUCACCCGACGCUCUCUGAAGCUGUGAAGGAAGCUUGCAUGGCGUGCUAUGACAAGCCCAUCCACAUGGCGUGAGUUGCGCGAGAACGAACCGUUUCUGGAGACAACAGAAUGCUUCCAAGGCACAACGAUUGCUCGGAACGCGCGAAGAUCUCCAAGGCGUCCCUGCUUUUCGAAGGACACCACGCGCUUCAGAAGCGCCGGACCACGACAGGAAGACGCUGCGACGUUCAUCGCGCGUGCUCACCCGAGAAAGUGGAGAGAGAAAGGCAUGUCAAAAAGCCGAGAAGAUGCCGAGGCAGGAGACCCAGAAAGGGCAGGAGAGUCGACGAAGAACGGGGAAACCGGCGCUUGCCCGUCGACGCGCAAUCGUGCUUUAACGACGAAGACCGCGCGCGCAAAGACAGGUGACUGGCGGGUGAGAGGAAACAGAAGCCAAACAGAAGCUCGUGGAAGGAAGAGACAGCGGAGUGAGGCGAGAGGCGCGAAUCGAUUUUUCAGCUCUUGUGGAAGAACCGACAGCGAAGGCAGAGCGUCUUCGCUCGAAACGAAGGCCAGGCGCACCUUCUCAAGGCCGUCGUCAACGUGUCUCUCUCGACUUGUCCCUUCUUCUCGCGCCGUCGUUCGAUGAGCCAGUCCUCGACGGUGUCUCAGCGACGACCAGGCAAACUCUGCAGGGAGGACGAGAGAAACAGAAGACACAGAAGAGAGGAGACAGCGCACAGAGAAAAGACGGCGAAGAGGGUGCGCUGGCGCAAAGAGAGACGCCACUUCGUAGGCUUGUGGAAACAUCACUUGUCUGACAUCCUUGUUUUGAAGAGCACGGUUCCGGGGGUCUUUCGCUGGCGAGCUGAGAUACCCGUGAAAAGUACAAAACAGAGACAUUGCAGUCGGGCGGAUGCCUCAAUCGAGCUUUCCACCCAGGCUCGAAGUGCUGCAGCUCUCAGUUGCCCGAAUCAUUGCCGAAAAGGUAUUCUUCGCUUUGACUAUCGCAGAAGAGCGACAGUGAAGCUUCUGGUCACCUCUGGAACCUGCUUGUUCAUGUCUCCGCAUGCGUCUGAAAUCGUGACUUUUACGCACCCUCUCCGUCUCCCUUUUGUUCUCGUUUUCCCGCGGUAGCUGCUCUUCGCCUUUUCAGCGUCUCCGCGUCAGCCUGUCGGGCAGGCGACGGAGUCUCAGGCCUUUUCGCCGUUGCACGCGGGAGGAAGAAAAGAAGAGAGAAAACGAGUAUAGGGAAGAAGAGAGAGAAGCUCAAAAGAAGGCGUACUCCCCGCGCGUCGUGUGUGUCUGCGGGUGGAACGGCAGUUACAGCGGUUCAUGCAAUUUCUUGAGAGACAAAGACCGCGUUUGUAGAUGUCAUUGUUCGCCAAGAGGCCGCGGCAAGACGUUCCCAUUGAGGCACUGCUGUGAAAAAUUAUUCUGUUCUACCCCCCUAGAAGGUUCGUCCUGACAUCCGAGACUGUGGCCGACGGUGACUCUAAGACACACGCACCUCGGAUACUCAUGUCCA